AUGGAAAGAAUAAGCUUUAAUUUUCUCCGUUUUACCAAAAUUUUUACAAAAUCUCUCAAUAUUUCUUAUGAUAUUUCAUAUAAAUUAGGAAAAUCAUUUAAUUAUAGACCAAGUCGAUUAUUAUCGAAUUAUUACACUUAUGACGAAUUAAUGUGUGAUUACGUAGAUGAUUACAGAAUUCGUGAAAUGAUGAGAAAUAACCGAAAGAAUAAACAAAGGAAAAGAAAAGAAGACAUAUAUAAAAGCAAGCCUUAUGUUCAUGGAAAAAAAUUAAUGGAUGAAAUUAAUGAAACAUAUAAAAUUAAGAAAGGAAAAAAUUUUGUUAAAAAAAAAUACAAGAAGAACAAGAAAGACCUAAAAAUAUAUAUAGUGUUUGGAUUACCUCUAAUUAUAGGUGUAUUAUCUUCUUUUUAUUUUCCUUUAAAAUAUAUUAAAGGUAGUCCAGGUUUACUUUUUUUUAUAAUAGUAUGUUCCAUAAUAUCUUUGUUCCUCCUUAUGUACAUUUUCCUUUCAUAUUUGAGACUUCGAAAUUUUAUAAAGUGA